GCGUGAGGAUCGUCUUUACCAAGCUUCCCGCGAGUUGCUAUCAACGAAACUCUUACGUUACGAUCCGGUGUCAGCGUCAGUUGUAAGAUCGUGCUAAAUGUGUGUACGUGUAUGCAAGAAAAUAAUAAAAAUAUCAAUUACAAGUGCUGAUCAAAAUCUGUUUUCACAUGGCUGGACUCCAGUGAGAUCAAACAAGAGCGGUAACGCGCGUUUAUCAUAUUACAAUCGUAGUGGAAGCUGAGAAGUGCAUCGACAAACAAAUCCGCCCCUAGUUCCUAAUCGUAAAUCUAGUCAGCCCAGCAGGCGAAUCGAUAAAUUUUAGCGGCUUAAGGUUUCCAGUAAUGUACAUGUAAUUUAUCUUCCCGGUUUAAAAUAAGUGAAAUUCAUAACAACGGAUUAAUGACUCUCAGAAUGCAGCAACUACUUGCAUUAGUGAUAUUCACACUUCAUCUGGCGCAGUUCUAUUCAGUGAAGGCGCAAUACCUACAGUCACCCUGUCCGGACGUGUUCACGUAUCAGGUGGAUCCCGCAACCAACCAAAUAUUCGGUUACAUCGAGAUCAGCAACAUUCAAGUAGGACAAGCGGCAAAACUACGCGUUGAUCUAUCCAUCGGAACACAACUAGCACCGAACAACGUUGGCUCAAUCACGCUGGUGAAAUCCCGCGAAGGAACCUUCAACGACAUCGUCAGAGGGUAUCCCGCGCAGUAUCGAGUCAACUUUCCCCUUCAAAACAUUCUUCCGACGGUGCUUUCCAUAUCGCUCAAUGGUCAGACUAUCUGUACCGGAUACCGAGCGGAAGGACGCGUCCUUACCACGAUAAAUCUGGACCAUACCUUGUACACUAGGUUACAGCCCCAAAAUGUGCCAUACAAUCCGAACGGAUUUUCCUACGAACGGCCGGAUGAAACAACAGGAUUUGUGUACCGUCCACAGCCACAACCACAACCACAGCCACAACCAAACAUUCCACAAGUGCAACCAAAUUUCCCGAAACCAAAUCCUCGGCCUACACUGCAAACCCGCCCACAGUGGAACUAUGAACCGCAGACGCCUCCACCGACUCCGAUUACAGCAGUAGUAACACGUCCGAUCGUGCGUCCACAACCAACACCUCCUCCAGUGCGAGUCACUUCCGCGCCUGAUGUGUCAACAUCAAAUCGCGUAUGCGGUAAACCGGCACGGUCUUUCCUCAACAAGCUCUCGUUCAAUGGCGAACUGUCGGAGAGAGGUCAAUUUCCUUGGGCGGUGCCACUAUUCGACCGCACCGAUCGUCAGGAUCCGAAAUACUUCUGUGGCAGUACAAUCAUCACCCGAAAGCAUCUGAUCACGGCAGCGAAAUGUGUUUACGAAAUCGGGGAAGUUUUUAGUCCAAACCGGAUCCUGGCGAUGCCAGGGAUGUACAAUGUUGACAACUUUUUCGACGAAAAUGCCAAAUUUGCCGACAUUGAAGCGGUUAUUCCUCAUGAUGAGUACGUACCGGAUGACGAUUUGAGUGAUUCGAAUAUUGCUGUGCUACGCCUGAAGAAAAAUAUGGACUUUUCCGACUAUAUCAUCCCGAUUUGUGCAUGGAGAGGCGACAAUGAUUUGCAGAAAAUUGUUGGGGAAGACGGCGUUAUGGUUGGCUGGGGCGUUACAGAGACUGGACCGACUUCGGUGGCGACCUUCGUUAAGCAGUCGAUCGUUGAGCCGAGGCAAUGCAUCGACAGUCUGUCGCGAGUUUACUCGAGUAAUUCGCGAAUUUUCUGCGGUGACGGACAUGGAUCUACGCCGUGUUUCGGCGAUGCCGGUAGUGCCCUGGUUCUGAAAAGGGGUAACCAGUACUACCUGCGGGGAAUUUUAUCGAACGCCCAAGUGGACCAUAAUACGCUGAAGUGUGACGUGACAAAGUAUGCGAUUUUCAUCGAUAUUGCUCCGUUCCGGUUUUGGCUGAAGAGUGUCACCAGCUAGCUGAUAGUCACACUAGUGUUACUUAGGUUUUAAAAUCUUGAUCUAAUCUAGUCUAAGUCAAGUUUUUAUCUAACGGAGUUAAA